AGGAAUGGAAAGAUUAACUUGUCUUCGUACAUUAAAAGAAUUUGUUGUUAGUGGUGGUGUCAAUGCUAGCAAUGCAUGUAGCCUUAAAUGCUUGGAGAAUUUUGUCUAUCUCCAAGGGUCUCUAAGUAUAAGAAAGUUGGGAGAUGUGACAGAAAAAGUUGAUUCUGGGAAAGAAAAACCACUUAAGAACAAGAAAAACCUCCUUCAUUUGUAUCUAAAUUUCGAGAAAGAUACAGAAGAAGAGACGGCAAAUAAGGAUGAAAAUGUUCUUGAAGUCUUACAGCCAGCUUCAACUUUAGAGAGAUUAGAGAUCAGAGGCUACAAAGGCAAGACAAUCUCACCCAAAUGGGUAAUGUCAUUAAGGAAGCUGAGAAUGUUAAAUCUCCAUGAAUGCAUGAACUUAGACCAUUUGCCUUCGUUGGGAGAAUUGUCAUCCCUCGAGUCACUUUCUAUAUCAAGUAUGCACGUGAAAAAAGUGGAUAAUGAAUUUUUGGGAAGAGAGAGCGUCGUCAAUUCGCCACAUUCAUUAUUUAUUGCCUUCCCUAAAUUGAAGGCUCUAAGAUUUGUUAACAUGGAGGAAUGGGAAGAAUGGGAAGCGACAACUAAUCCGAUAUGGGAAGAAUUUUGUGAUUCUACAAUCAUGCCAUGUCUUCGUUCUUUAUCACUUGUAUAUUGUCCCAAAUUGAAGGCAUUACCAGACCACAUUCUUGAGGUUGCAACGUUGAAUGAAUUGAAUAUCAGUUGGUGUCCUUUGUUGAAAGCGCGUUACGAUAAUCGGCACAAACAGAAUUGGGACAAGAUCUCUCGUAUUCCUAAGAUUAUGAUUAAUUUUAAGUAUGUGGAGAGAGGGAAGCAGAUCGAUAUUGCCUAAGGAGCCACAGUGGCCUUAAAUAGUGGUUUGUGCAUAUGCUUGCGAAAAGAGUAAUAGGAGAGGAUUGUCUUCGAGAAA